ACAGUCAAACACUCGCACUGUUUCAGCUUCUCUCUCCUCUCUCGGCCCAGUUCUGGUUUUGUUUUGCUGUUAUGAAGCUGCCUCACGGUUCAGUGGGCUAAAAGACCCCAACGACCGGGCUGUUAGGCUGCCAGGUGGUGGGAGGAACAGGAGGAGGAAGAGGGGGCUGGGGCUGCUGGGAAAAAAAGAAGUGCUGGAGAGGAAAGAGGGCAGAAAGAAAGGAAGGCUGUGUGGACUGUGAACCUGCUGCAAGAGACUGGGAAGAAUGGGAGCUGCGUAUGGAAAGAAGAAAGCGUACACCAUCGAGCACGAGCCUCCGCCGAAGCAGCAGUGUGUGAAAAACGGAAAGCAUCCAAACGGCAGAGCCUCAGCGUAUGCAGACCUACAGCAGCACCGGUCUGGGGGCGUACACAGGAAACCGUCCCCGGUAUCCAGCUACGUCCCGCAGCCUGACUAUUUAGAGGGAGACGAAGACGACGACCUCAUCAAACCCAAGAAACUGGUGAAUCCUGUCAAAGCUUCAAAGAGUCACCAAGAGCUUCACCGAGAGCUGAUGAGCAGCUGCAAACGAGGCAGCGGGGUGAGUGUGGAGAUGAAGCCGGAGCUGCAGAGAGUUCUGGAGUCGAGGAAAAGAGAUCAGCUGAUCAAACAGAGGAAACAGGAAGAAGAAGCUCGCAGGAAGAUUUCUCCUCUGGAGGCCGAACUGCUCAAGAGACACCAGAAACUGGACGAGUUGGACAAACAGCAGGAGAAGGAGCAGGAGGAAAACCUGAAAGCUCCGGAGUUCGUCAAAGUGAAGGAAAAUCUGAGACGGACGUCAUUUACAAGUAAAGAGGAGAAGGAAGUGUAGAGACAUCUGCUGUCCUGCAGGAGACGGUGAACUGAGAAAGAGACUGUCCACAUGUUUACUGGGCAAUCUAAGGAAACUUUGAGGAAACUCUGAGGACGCAAACUUACUGAGGACACUCUGAGGACCCAAACAUACUGAGGACACUCUGAGGACACUCUGAGGAUGCAAACAUACUGAGGACACUCUAAGGACACACACACAGAGAACACUUUGAGGAUGCAAACAUACUGAGGACACUCUGAGGACACAAACACAC